AUGCCGUCCCCUGGAUUUGUAUCACCGAGCGCUCUGGGAGCGCGGCAGAGUGCUUUUGCAAAGUCCUGGGUCUCUCCGCAAAGACCGACUCAAGCAGUCCAACCUGCUCGACAUGCAGGCACACCGGUAAUGGGACUCAAUGCGAAAAGUAUGUCGAAGAAGAAAAAGGGAGGUGGGAAGAAGAAAGGCAAAGGCGGAACGGCUCGCACGCCGGGUUCGAAUGGGACUGCUCCUCCUCGGGCAAAUGCUAAAUCCGUGGAUACCAAUCGUCGUGAAUAUAUCUAUCAGAUGGCGGGUGUCAACAAAGUACUUAACAAUGGAAAGCAGAUUCUGAAGAAUAUUAACCUGUCAUACUUUCCCGGUGUGAAGAUUGGUGUCGUCGGUGAGAAUGGUUCCGGAAAGUCUUCUCUCCUCAAGAUCAUGGCAGGCCUCGACACAGAGUAUGACGGCAUUGCAGCUCCGCAAGCUGGGAUCAAUAUCGGGUAUCUAGCUCAGGAACCGGAACUGACGGAGGAAACGGUGGACGAGAACAUCAACCUCGCGGUGGCAGACGUCAGGGGCUUCUUGACGAGAUAUGCUGAACUAGCAACGAACGGGUGGGAGCUCGAUCGGAACGUUGAGCGUGCCAGACAGGCGUUGCGUUGUCCUCCCGGAGAUGCAGUGGUAGCAAACCUCAGCGGAGGGGAGCGACGCAGGGUUGCACUUUGCGCAUUGCUUUUGAAGAGACCAGAACUACUGAUUCUUGACGAACCAACAAAUCAUCUUGACGCUCUGUCCGUUCUUUGGCUUGAACGCUUCUUGGAAACGUUCCAGGGUACACUCAUUGUUGUGACGCACGAUCGAUUCUUUUUGGAGGCUCUCACUGACUGGAUUCUGGAGCUUGAUAACGGACAGGCAUUCCCAUAUGAAGGCAACUAUUCGACGUAUCUUGAGAAGAAAUCGAAGCGCAUGCAAGAGGUGGAGAAAGUCGCGUCGAGUCGGCAAAAGCUCAUCACUCAGGAGCUUGAGUGGAUCAGAAGCAACCCCAAGGGCCAACAGGCGAAGUCUAAGUCUCGUAUUUCCCGGUAUGAGAGUUUACUGGAGGAAGAUGCGAGGAUCGACCGGAGAGGGACGUUGGAUCGGAUAUAUAUUCCAGCUGGUCCGAAGUUAGGCGAUAUUGUUGUCCAGGCGGAAGGAGUGCGAAAGGGAUUCGGUGAAGAUGUCCUUUUCGAGAAUAUGACUUUUGCUCUUCCACGAGGGGGAAUUGUUGGUGUCAUAGGCCCGAACGGAAGCGGAAAGGUAGUUCUCAGAAUGAUUACCGGAGAGGAAAAACCGGAUGCAGGAAUAUUUACUGUGGGAGAGACAGUUCAAUAUAUGUAUGCGGAUCAAGAUCGAGCGUCAGUUGAGAAGGAUAAAACAGUAUUUGAAGCUGUCGCGGAUAACAACGAUGAAAUUGUUUUAGGCACAAGGACUGUCAAGUCUCGUGCCUACCUGUCAUGGUUCAAUUUUAAGGGCGGGGCCCAACAGAAACCUGUGGGUUCUCUCAGUGGAGGAGAACUUAAUCGAUUGGCGUUGGCGCAAGUCACAAAGGCGGGAGGCAAUCUUCUCCUUGGAGAUGAGUUGACGAACGAUGCGGACGCUUUCCUCAUUCGCGCGCUUGAGGAUGCGCUCCUUUCAUUUGCAGGCUGCGCCGUCAUAGUUUCGCAUGAUAUUUCAUUUUUGAAUCGUGUUGCAACGCACAUAUUGGCCUUUGAAGGAGACGAAGUCCCUGGACAAGUGACUUUCUUCGAAGGAAAUUUUGCCGCUUAUCUUGAAGACAAAAAGCGCCGGCUAGGGGAUAACACACCCUCUCGAAUGAAAUUCGCCAAGCUGCCUGCACUCUAGAGUGUACUCGCUCGCUCAGUCGCUUUGGAUGCAGCGAAUGCGCCUCAAAAGCGACAAGAGUAAAGCGGGCCUCGCAGGGCAACGAUCUUCCGGGGAGGGCCUGCACAGUGGCCUUCACAAUAAAUUUGCUUAACGUUCCCA